ACCCAAUCAGCUCAUAUAUUACUAUGAAGCAUCUGCUGAUCUGCUGACCUCAGCAUAAUCAAGAAAGACUGUGCACCUACUCUUCCUUUUGCUUCAGGACACACAAAAUCAUCAUCUAGCCUAUAUCCUACCUGCUCCCAGUCACAGUUUGUUGCUGUUAACAGUGCAGUUUCAAUUAAUUAAGCAUAGGUAUUGAUGUAUAUUAUAGCAGCAGUAUUAUAUGGUUAAAGAUUAAAUCAAUUUAACCAUUAUGGCCAAAAUGCGGGGAAGAAGCUCUUAUGCCCUGACAUAUCACUGUAAAGACAUUAAAAUCUGAUACCAUAUGAGCACUGUGGCGUGUUUGCAAAAAGCUAGUUUUCUAGCUUCAGGUGAAGAGACCUACAUGCUUUGUAACUGCAUUCCGUCAUAUUAACUGAACUCAUUCAUGCGCACACGUUGGUUCGUGCGCCACAACUAAGAUAGCUUGUUGACUUUAGCAGAAACGGUCGGUGCGCAUCAGACCGUGGAGGAGAAAAAAAGAAAAGAAGAAAAAACAUAUUGUUGUCGGAACAAAUCCAGUUACUUAUUGACAUGAUCUUUCUAUUUGUUUGCAUAGAUCCGAUUUUCUUUCUUUUCUCAAGUUAAUAGUGAAAGAAUUGCCAUUGUUUGAGACAUUGAAGACAUUUUUGAGACAGUGAUAGGGACUUUUUUCAACUUGAAGGUGAAUGGAUCUCACACUGUCGUCUAAAAGCGGAUACAAAUUAACUUUUUUGCUUUACCGCUUGACUGCAGAAAUGCAAUUAAUUUGAUGGAAAAGUUAUGAUCCGUUUCUGUGUCCUGUUGUCGGUACAAUCGUUUUUUGAUCGGAGAGGACAAUGCGGGGGGCAAUUCUUGAAAGAAUGUCAGUGAAUUUAGGUGGACUUUCGGGUGAAUGUUAUCCCCCAUAUUUUCCAUGGGUGUGAAGUGGACGAACAUGAAAAUGAAGAGCAUCUCAUUGUUACUUUAAAAGCUACUGCAUAGAAUAAAUAAGGGCUAGAGGCAUCUGGCCACAAUCUAGAUCCGCUGCGCACUCAGAUGCCGUGCACUAAACUUGGGUCCGAUGUGGAUGAGGCAUGGAACGAUUCCAUUGGUCUGAAGGUUGUUGAUGGAGAAGAUCUCGAAUGACAGCCGGAACAGUGGUUAUCACAGGUGGACUUUUAGCUGGAUUUAUCCUGCUGACCAUCGUUAGUACACUAUGUUACUGCAGGCUACAGUAUUACUGCUGUAAGAGAGAGGACCCGGUGGUGGUGGAGGAGGAGGACUCGUCGUCAGAGGAGGAGGUGGAGGAAGAGGAAGAGCCGGAGGAAGAGGAAACAGACUUGUCCCUAUCCCCUGAUCAUCCCUCGCCACCAGACUACUUCACGCGGUCCUACACGCCGCCACCCUCCGGGCCCCCGUCUGGGCCCCCGUCCGGGCCGCCCUCCCCGCCUUACAGCAACAAGCACGUACUCACAAUAGGUGAUUUCGAGGCUAACGGACCCUCAUGUCUUCCCUGUGGUUACCCCUUCCGAGGCGUCCGUAGGCCCCCGGGUUACGCCCUGUGCCCAUCUUGCACAGGCCUCCUGCCUCACUCCAUGCACAGACACGAAAGCCUCCGCAACGGCGGGGACAGAGUUAGCUACCAGCAGCCACAGCAUGACUUUGAUGUGCACUCAGACGGCGAUGGCUUCCGGAAGCUAAACCUGAUCCGCUGGGUCACCAUGCAUGAGGUGGUCGCCCGCCGCACUGUCAGCACCGAUGUCUAGAGCACUCCCGGCAGUAUGGAGCACCUACAGGGGCAGGGUUUUGGCUGGGGUUUGGUUGGGCCUUAGUCUGCUGUGCUGCCAAAAAAGCAGGUCUUAAUUUGACCCUUUGAAAAAUUAUUAAUUCAGAAGAUUUUGUCCAAAAUUAAGUUAUUCGUUAGGUUUUAUUUAUUGGUUUAUUGUAAGUUUCUUUUUAUCUUCUCACCACUGAUCUUUUCGGGCACUAUAUCAUAGGACAUGGACACUGUAGUGUACGAGGAGCCAAUCGAGGAUGAUGAUCAUCAGCCAGUCACAGGUGUCCACCUCAUGUCUUCUCUCUGCGCAAUCACUCAUCUCACAUAGAACCAUAGGUUUAACUUUUCACCUGGAUUUUUGGAAUACCCAUAACGUAAAGAUGGGGAUCUUUGCUUCCUGGGUACUUGAACAACUCCAGGUUUAAUAGUACCCCUAUGCUAACAACAGUCAAUUGAAAAACCUCAAUUGACUUACUGAGGUGCUAGCGUGGUAGGUUUCUUGAGACAUGAGAGAGAUGUUGAGUUUGACAGGCCUGAAUCUUUACUGUAGAUUUAUAUUUCUAAAGCAAUUUUGCUGUAUGUCACUGAAUAACACUGAGCUUCGUUGUUGUGGCAUCCAGUAC